AUUCUUUUUUUAAUUUUAGAAAUCACUGUUUUUUUUAAUUUCAUUUUUUGUGUGCAUGUUUGACUCCAAAGUGACGUCAUUUCCAGUCGACGGGACACUCCGGCUGCCUGCCGCUCACACAGACCGGGAAGAAACAGAGAUGACUACCCGAAAAGACUUUCCUGUUGCCAACAUGAUGCUUCUGUUCCUCUGUGCGUUAAUAUCAGUAUCUGUCCCGGCUGAAACUUCGCCUAAUACGAAAACGGUGGAGUUCAACGUGAAACCGGGAGGAGUGGUGCACGUUUUCUCUGAGAGAAUCAGGGAUCACAAGUGCACGUUCACCUACGCCUCACAAGGGGGAACCAAUGAACAAUGGUUGAUGAGUGUGGGCCUGAGCGAUGACGACAGACUGUUUUCUUGCUCUUUGUGGAGGCCUCAGGGGAAAUCAUACCUGUUUUUUACCCAGUUCAAAGUUGAGCUGAAGGGAGCCAAAAUUGAAUACGCCAAUGCAUAUUCCCAGACAGCAGCAGGAGGACAGAGUGACGUACCUUUGAAACCCGAGGAAUUUAUCGUAGGAGAAUCAACAGUGACCCACAACGAAGGAAAGUUCAACGCUCAGCUCUCCAAACUGACCGCCAUCGGACGAACGCAGCACGAUGAGCUGUGAUUGGCUAGAAGCUUCGACCAAUCGCAGCGCUUCAGUAACUGUUUAAUCGCUGAAGGAUGCGUUUCUUCCUGAUGAACGACCGAAACUGAAGAGGGAUGGUGUUUUUUUUUUCUUUUGUGCAAAAACGGAUUUUCUGGUACUUUCUAAUCACAAUAGUUGUUUUUCUGCUUGGAAUAAAUGUGGAGGGGAAAAAAUACAAAAACACUGAAGCAGAUUUCAGUCUUAGAUAAUAAUAAAAAAAAAAACAAAUCUGCCAUGUGAUAAAGUGCUUCGAUAGUUCUUUCUUUAUUUUCUGAGGCUUUAGGACAAUAAUUCUCUGAUCCAUUGGGUAUCAUACAUGGAUGUAUGGAGGAUUGGCGUUCAGCAUAUAUGGCACAUUUAGACUAGCGGAGGAUUUGUGCGUCUUGUAAUCCUGAGAGGAAAGUGAGUAAUCCCCUAUAUCACUGCGGCGCGUACAUAAACAAGUUCCCAGGUCUGGUUCUGAUCUGCGCUGAAGCACCUCAGCGCUGGUCCACAUCAGAUCCACCAACCUCUUCUGAUAACUUUUUGUUUUGUUGUUGCCAGAAGCUGUGAUGGUAAAACACAACAGAUAGGAGCUGAUCUUUGAAUUUUAAAUGAACAGGGAAAUUCUGACAAAAUAUCUUUAUAAUAAAUCAUACUAGUGUCAGCUAA